AUGGCCUCACAGCAACACUCCACGGACGAGCGGCAGAUGCACAAGCAGCGUAUUAGACCUCGAUUUAUCGAUCUGGCCGAGCUCGAUGAUGACUUUUCUGGCGAUGACGGGUCCCUUGAGUCAGCGAGUCGCAGAGCUGCAUUGGGUUCGGUCGGUGAUUGGCCCCCAGCUGCAACGGUGAUCCGGAAGAAACCUCCGACCAUCGCCUCUUCUAACAAAGCAGAGGUACCUGCUUCGGGAACAAAACUAGCGUCGGCCCUGAAAAGGCCCACUGUUGAGGAUGUCCAGAAUUUGCAGAGUUCUAGAAGCGUUGAUUCACGAUCCAAUACCAACGCGUCCAAGCAAGGGGAGGCUCGACCACAGCCAAGGACCGUAAGUUUCACUCCGGAGACACAAGAUGCCGCAGAGAGAGCAACAGAGCUUCCGGGGUCACGCAAGGCAACUUUGAAUCUUGCAGGAUCGAUCAUAGGCAGUAUUCAGGAGCGACCAGCAGGGGAAAGAAGGACACGGUCUAACGGGGCGACACGGUCCAAACCCUCCGGCUCUCGCUUCGUCGUCAGGAGAAGGAUGGAUGAAGAUCUACAGAAGCAUGAAGAGCAGCGAAAACAGAGGCUCCAACAGGAAGUAACACCUGAAGGACAAGAGCCCGGGACCGGCUUCCCUGAAGUUUCCCACCGCGAUCAAAUCACACCCAUCCUUCCGCGGAACGAAAGCAAGACUCGCCAGCAUCAUUUCACCGAAGACAUCGAAGCAGUCGAAGCACCACAACGCGACGCUGCUGCCACAAGCACAGCAUUGGCUGCGUCUCGUAUCGCUCCAACGCCUGAGCGCACCACCGAAGGGCCCCUUGUCGAAGAUGAGGAAUGGCUAGACGAGGAUGGCAAGCCCAUGUCGGCCUUCAGAAAGUCGCGCUUGCUUCGGCAAGGGCUCAGACCUCCAUCUUUUCGGUCAAGAUCAAGUCAUGGAUCAAGCUCGCAGCAGAGUCAGCGAGAUGUGCCAUCCUCCCAACCCGAUCCAACAAGAGAUCCUGGUGGAGGGGCCGAUAUCGAUGCCAUCAGCGCUGUGCUUUCGGAUGUAUCACGAGAAAACUACCAGAAAGUGCGCCAGAUGAGUGCAGCCGAGGUAUCAGAGGAGCUUCGUAGUCUCGAAAGCCUCUUUGGCAAAGAUGUCCUGGAGGCUUUGCGCAAUCGUAAGAAUACCAGCACCCCUCAGGACAGCGAUCACGUUGCAUCGAGCGCCACACAGCCAGAUGGAAUCUCUGUAAAGUCGACUUCGAAUGACGUGACGGGCCCGUCCGUUUCGGAGGAGGACAAGGAAGGCCCGCUUGCUAUUAAGCGUCAGUAUUUCCCUGCUGAGCCUGAAGGGCCAAAUCCCUCGCUAGAGUGGAUGAUGCCACAGCAAUCGCAACUGUCAGUGUCUACAGAUCUGCGUUUUGACUUCUCCGGAAAACCAAUGCAACGAGAACUUCAGACCGACGACACGUAUCUCUCCGGCCUGCAUCACCAUGGCGACGACCAAGAGGCUCCAGGAUACACCUUCGCAGAGCUCCUGCAUCUUUCACGAAGCACCGUCGCAGCACAGCGUCAACUUGCACUCAAUGUUCUUGGACGAGUUUGUGAACACCAUCCGGCUUUUGGCGAUAACAAGCAUCCUGGGGGCGUAGCCGCCACUAACUUGCUAAACGAACAUGCUUUGCUGCUUCGAGCAAGAAUCAUCUCGAUAUCCCGUUGGCUUCUCGGCGACCGGCACUUCACCGUAAGAGCCGCUGCUCUGAGGUGUCUGGCCAGUGCGGUGAGAUCACUGCCUUCCGGUGUCCUGAUCCCUCUUGGCUCUGCUCAAGAACUCGAUUUUGGCAGAUUGGUUGGUGCAAGUCAAAGCGAUGCCGAUGGAAAAGAUAGCCGCGACGUGGCAAGCGAAAUCGAAAAAGGCAUUCAAAGAGACUGGGCUAACGUGAUUCUCGAAUCCGACAUCGUCAGCCUGUUCCUCGACAGGAUAGACAGCGUGAUCACAUCGACUUGGGAAGCAGAGCUUGCGGUGGAGCUGCUGUUCCGCAUAGCAUCUUGCUCCGCGUCUCAUGCAAUGCGGGUGUUCGAGGCCGAUCCGAGAAAGUUGUGCGACUUUGUCAUUUAUCUCGGUCUCAAGGUUGCUUGGCCGCCAGCUCCAAUUGAGAGCCCCUUGCUCGGAGGGGCGCGUCAAAGACCGAACUCGCUGCCCUCGGUAAUAGCCGUGCGCCUGUUGCAUCAGGGGAUUCUCAGUGACCGCAAGAUCGCAGAGUCAAUCGUCUUGAGUGGUAGCGUCGAGCACCUCUUGCGUUUUGUAGUGACGCCUCCAUGGAAAGUCGAAGAGGACUGGGUGUCCGAUGAUGAAGCAGGCGAUGCGAUCGUCGUAACAGGGUACCAGAUCUUUGACGAGGUGCUUCAGCUGUUCGUUUCGUUGGCAUCAUACGGUCUCUUCGCAUCGGUUGUCGCACGAACAUGGGAUCUAUGGCAAGCUAGCAGCUCUUGGGCUGUCAAGCAGCUGCUGCACAAUAAUCAGUCAGAAGGAGACAUCUCGAAGAAGGUCUGGAUAAACGAAGCGAGAGACAUAGCGGCACAGCGCAUCUUUGAGAUUCUCGCCGCAUGGACACACUGUGCCAUGGACCCUCACGAGCUGAUGACUGCACACGACAUUACGUGGACGCAAGUACGAGACUGGAUAGAACCAAUCAAGGACGCCGCCCAGGAACUGGCUACGACCACCACAGCCCGACCAUCAGAUCAGGGACCUGCUUUCGGAGCUCUGUGCACGUACAUUGAUGCCUGGGUUCGAUGCGCUAUUAGCAAAGAACCUAAGAUUCUCGACAAAUAUGUCGAGUCGUGUCAAACCAUUCUCUCACACUCCCAUCGACCCAUCCAGCAACACUUUCUCAACUCUAUCACGCUACUUCCAUCGGCACCAACGCAAACAAUGGCGCUGGAUGAGGCAGAGCAAGCUUGCUGCGCCUGUCACAGAUUUUUGAACGUCACCAGGACAAUGGUACGCGCCGAUCGGAUAAAAUUUGGCCCAUCAGCGGACGAACCAGCACUACCAGAGGAGACACGCGAUGUUAUGUUGCAAGAGAGUCUAGCCUUGAUCUCGAGCGUCUCCGUGUGGCAAACGUUGCAAAGCCUCGAGUCUCGAGCGUCGGGUCGGCAUGUCUACCAGCAAAAGUUCUCUGACUUUAUUGCUGCGGCUAUGACCACGAUAUCUGGUUCUCGUUUCGACGUUACAUUUGAGCUUGCCGCAAGCAGCCGUCUUGACGAGCGUUAUGCGAGUCGUGUUGCCGAGGUUGUACUGCGUGCCACGGAAGCACUCACCGAGACAGCGACUGCUCUUAUUCUUCGACCCUUCCUCUUAGAAAGCAUUUCAGGCGCCAACCGUCUGCCGGAAGCAGGUCAGACCGAGGCCGUGGGAUACAACGCUUUGCCUUUGUCACAAGUUCAGUCCUUGUUCAACCCAAGCAUGGCUCACAAUUCAAACAAAGACACUAAGCCUGCUGAAAACCUGCAGGAUGCAGGCAGCGAUGACGAGGAGGACGAAAAGGACAUCGAUCCAAUUACAGGCUUUAAGUUAUGGAAAUGCCCAGCAAGUGGCUUGCCUCUCCGCGCUGACUGGCCUUUGCUGAUACUUGAUGACCUCCUGCACAGCGCUAACACUGCUGUAUUCAAUCGUCCCGAUAAUCUGGACGAGGACUGGAAGCCAAGCGAGAUGGAGAUGGUGCGCGCAUCGCUUCGACUCGCCGUUGCUGUUUUCCGAGCUAUGCUCCAGCGAUCGAAGCAGCCAAGCAUCGGCAGGAGUAUUGAAGCGGCGAAUGAUGCAGCGAUUCAAGAAACUCAAGCCAUGCUCAGCAGUCUUCCCAGCCCAGAGCAGAUCCUACUUGGCGUUUCGAAGGUGUUUAUGCUAGAACAAGGCCAAUCAGACACCUUUACCGAUAAGACUGUCGCAGGGGUUGCUCUGCAGAAGCAGAGCGGAAUGAUCACUGGCCGCGAUCUCUUCCGCGACCCUGGUAUCUCUUCCGAACUGACCUCGCUCCUGGACAUCGUCGAUGAGCUCGUCGAGCUACGCCAACAGCACCCCCAUCGCACAUUGAUGAGCACAGUGACGCUCGACGCGUGGACAAAUAACACCUACGGCAGCAGUGUAUCGUUCUACCAAUUCUUUACCAAUCUCGUCGGGCUUUGGGACUCGGUAUCAUUCGGAGACAUCAACUUUGCACGCACAGUCAUGACGAUCGCCAAUGCGGGGUGCGGUGGUGUCUUUGAAGGCGAUCACGGUGUCGCGGUGGACUUUCGUCGGUUGUUGUGGAACGACUACAGCGACGGAUUACGCAGUAUGCCUUCGACCACAGUGGCCAACUGGCUGCUCAGCUGGACUGACAAAGAUCAAGAUAUGCUGGAGCAUUAUUGCCGAUAUCUCGCAAGUGCAGCGGAAGGGAAGACGGCGAGACAGUCGAUGGCAUGGCAGAUUGCGGUUAAUCAUGUUGGUGCUGCCAUCGAAUUGUUGGACCAUCGGCAGGCGAACGGUGCAGCUCAGUCAAAGAGGGUGGAGACUAUUCUAAGAUCAUUGUUGGUUGCCAAGGGCGAACCCUUGCUGCGGGAGAUAUUCGAAGCCAGGGUCAAAGCUUCAACGGGUAUUAAUGUAGCAGAUGACCAUCUGGAGCGCCUCGUUUCAAAGCUUCAAGUCUCAGCGGAAGAGCAGUGA